GUAAACUCACAGCAGCACUUCUCGUUACAGAAGCAUCAAAUAUGGUUCUGAUCAAACUUCUUAUUUUCACUUUGACUUUUUCUCAACUUAUUGUUGAUCUGGACGCUAUAAAAUGCCCAAAAGGUCAAAAAGUAAAAAGCAGUAGCAGUGAAGAAUGUGACGUCUGCCGCGAUGGAACUUUCAAUUCUGGAGAAACUGAGUCUCUUCGGUGCAAUCCAUGUACAAAGUGUAGACAAAAUUGGGGAAGCUCUAUGAAACAGGAAUGCACGAAAGAGACAGACACCAAAUGUGAGUGCCGUGCAGAGUUUGUCGCCUGGGACUCCAGCUCUUCCCAUUGCUAUUGUGCCAUUGGAUUUGGACUAAUAGAUGGAGUAUGUUCCAAAUGCAAACACGGUCAUUUCAGCAAUAAAAACAACUCACCAUGUCGAGAGUGGAAAAAAUGUGAGUCAGGGGUAAAAACUGAUGGAAACGGGACCUCAGAUGUCACCUGUAAUGAGCGGAGGAUCAACACUACAUCCUACACCACACGCACACCAACCAAGCAGCCACGUGAGGGGGCCCAUACUCAGAACAUGCUCGCAACCACCAUGAACACCACCACCACCACCACAGCUCCUCCAGGACCCAAAGUCACCCCCAAGCCAAAAAGAAAAAUAGAGCCUUCCCCCGACUCAAGCACAGGCCACCACAUAGGUAUGGUCCUCAUCCUACUUGGAAUCGUUGGACUGCUUCUUCUCACUGCUGUGACUUGCAAGCUGCACAACGCCCCUUGUGUGCAGAGAAAACCAGGGCCAACAAAUGACUCAUUGUGUCGGAGGCCGGUUGAGGAGAGUGGCGACAGCAGCCCGUCCACCUCUCUCAAGCUGAUUCCCGGGGAGCCGUGAGGUGAAACUCUUCUUGAAGGGAACUUGUCGACUUAAAAUGUGAAUUUCUGGAUCUUAUGACCAUCACAUGAAUAACUUAAUUCACGUAUUCCUCAUAUUGUUGGGUUUAACAUGUGGGAACCUGUAUUGUAUCCUUGGUCAAUAUUUGACUGAUAAUAGAGUAUCCACUGAGUUACCUGGAAAUCCUUAAUAGAAAAGUACACACAGUGAUUCCACACAACUGUGUUAAGUUACUGAUGAGGUACCCUCAUUUGUUAUAUGGAGACAAUGAAAUCAAAUACAUUAUACACAAGGGAAUUGAGUAUAUAGAGUUUUAACUUUACUCAAAAUACAGUUUUACUUCAAAUUGAUCACAGGUAGAGUCAUGUGAUAUGUCUGUAACUGUUUUCAACCAGGUUUAAAAAAAGAAGCUCUGAUAUUGUUUAUUUUGCUGCUUUUUUUUUUUUUUAAGCCUAAUGACCUUUUAUAAUGUGAUGUGGGUAAAUGAGACAAUUUUCUAAGAAUUAUAAAGUGUGAUCAGUAUUGUUGUAGUAAUGAGCACUGAGCCAAACUGUUUUUGAACUGCUAAAGAGCCUUAGAAAAACAUUUUACUUCAUUCAUUCAGUCUUUGUGUUUCUAUGCAUGUCAUGUUUUGUUUAUCAGUUCUGUUCCACUGGUAUCAUAUCUGUUAAGCUGAAAACAGUCAUGGCAAAAACAUGCUUUCAGUUGGGUUGGGGGAGUUCCCCUUUUGGUGAUUAAUGUGCCUUUUUUUCCCACUGAGAAAUACUUCCUGUCACGUCUUCAUUUCAACCUUUGGAGAGACUGACCCGGAGGGCUUUUGUGUUGUUCAUAACUCACUGGAGACUCCCCCAAAUCACUUUAAUAUGAAAGCAUGUCCUCAUUAUUGCCAUUUGUUUGUGUUGUGAUAAGAAAUUAGAUAUACAAGCCUUCAAAUAACAGCAUGUACUCGAUAUAUAGUCCUAAGAUGCCAGUAGGAUCCACACUUCAGCCAACUUAUGGUGUUGCAACACACUUCAAGGAAAAUAAUUGAACUGACAUUUCUUAUUUUAAAAACUGUAGCAUUCAACAUUCAUGCCCUCAAAUUGAAUAAAAGUUCCAAGACAAAACAUGUGAAGAUACUCUUGCAGUUAACACCCGUACUGGUAAAAGUACAGUUUCAUUUUAUUAAAAAAAAGUAGUGUCGAAUGUGAAAAAUGCUCCUUUGUACAGAAAUUAUAUUUUCAUUUCUCAUAAAAUAAUGCAUCGGUGCGAUGUAAGCAGCAGUUUAAUGUUAUAACUGGACAAGGUGGAGUCUCAGGAGAUGGUCUGGUCAUCAAGAGAUCCAAGGGCUCCUAACCCUGACUCCUCCAAAGAGUAUCUCAAAGACACUGACCCCUUCCUGGUCCUAAUGCUGCAUGUGUCUCCAUGGUAUGAAUGUGCAUGUGAAUGGAUGAAUAGGAGACAAUUUGUGAAGCUAAGUGGUUGAGAAAUUAUAAAAUAUAAAUACAGGCGAUGUAGCGAAGUUAGCAGCCUAUAGGGUUAAGGCCCCUUCAAUGUUCAUGUGGUGAAUGUGAGAAAAUUAUAAAGAAAG